AUGAACUUAAGAGAAGCCACUCUUAUGUUAAUAUACCUACAUAUAGCCAAACAAGUGUCAACCGUACGACUAACAAACUGUAUAUAUAAUAUAAAAUUAGGAAAGAAUUUGUUCAUAAAUAGACCUGAAUUUAUCAGGAACAUAAGUAAAUUGUCACAAACGUAUUUAAACAUGGCCGAUACAGUAGCAAAUACAGCAAAACCUGCAGAAUCAAAGCCAAAAUUAACAGCACGAGAGGAACAGAAUCUUAAGAAUCAGCAGCUGCUGAACACAUCGGUGACGGACUUCUCCACAGAUAAAUUUGGAUACGUCCCAUUCCGGUUCAACAAAGCACCGAGUAGGGAGUUCCUCGAGAUAAAAGAUCUGGAUGACCACGUUAGUGAGUACGUGUGGCUCAGAGGAAGAGUACACGAACUAAGAGGGAAAGGUGCACUGUGCUUUUUAGUAUUGAGGCAGCAGAGGGAACUUUUGCAGUGCGUAAUAGAUAGUAAGUCGGAAGAGAACACGAAGGACAUGGUUAAAUGGGCAUCAUCGCUAUCAUUUGAGUCGGUAGUUGAUGUGUACGGAAAGGUGGUCGUGCCAAACUCGCCGAUACUGUCAACCACUUCAGCAAAUGAACUGCACGUAAGCAAGGUCUUCUGCCUGUCGAAAUCAUCACCGAACCUGCCGUUUCUACUGAGAGACGCAAACAACACGGACAACGAAGAGAUGAUGGAGAAUCCAAGUGUGAUAAGAGUAAAUCAGGAUACGAGGCUGGACAACAGAGCUCUAGACUUAAGGUGUUUCCUGAACGGAGUGAUCUUCAAAAUACAGUCGCAAGUGUGCCAGCUGUACAGAGAGUUUCUGCUCUCUAAGGACUUCAUAGAAAUACACACGCCGAAGCUGCUGGGAGGCUCGAGCGAAGGAGGCUCCUCAGUCUUCAAGUUUAAGUACUUCGACCAGGACGCGUGCCUGGCGCAGUCGCCACAGUUGUAUAAGCAAAUGGCGAUCUGCGGAGACCUGAAGAGAGUGUUUGAAAUAGGUCCAGUCUUCAGAGCAGAAAACAGUAACACGCACAGGCACCUGUGCGAGUACGUGGGCCUCGACCUGGAAAUGGAGUUCAAAAACGACUACAUGGAAGUGGUUGACCUCAUCGACGAAAUGCUGAAGCACGUCUUCGAAGGACUGUCAAAGAAGAGCGGCUCGGAGCUGGACUACUUCUACAAGUGCAACCCGUCAAUCACACGCUUCAAAUUCAUAGAAAAGACGCCGAAGCUGUCAUUUCAGGAGGCUGCCGACAUGCUGAGGAGCUCAGAAGUGGCCGAGGAGAUACCAGAGGACCUGAACGACUACGACUUCAGCACUGAGCACGAGAAGUUGCUGGGGAAGCUGGUGAGGGAAAGGUACGGCACGGACUACUACAUAGUCUACGACUACCCGCUGAACGCAAGACCCUUCUACACAAUGCCCAAGUACGAAGACGAUGCAGGCGCUGGCAGCAGCAGCAACGAGGAUGGCAGCGCUGCAGUGCUCAAUGGAACUGAGGAGGGCGCAAAGCCCCUGAAGCUGAGCAGAAGCUACGACUUCUUCAUGAGGGGAGAGGAGAUACUGUCAGGAGCCCAGAGGAUCCACGACUCUGCGGAGCUCGAGAGGAGGGCGCGGGAGUGCGGCCUGGACGUGAACACGAUAAGGGACUACGUGGACGUGUUUAAGUACGGGGCCUUUCCACACGCAGGCUCAGGAAUUGGCCUCGAGAGAGUGGUAAUGCUCUUUUUGGGACUCGGAAACGUUCGUAGAACUUCAAUGUUCCCUAGGGACCCUAAAAGACUGACUCCCUAA